AAUUAUUUAUAUUCAUAUUUACCAAAAUUUUUCAUCAUUAAAGUGAAAAUAAAAAAUCUGAAGUUUCCAUGUGUGAACUACUGUUCUUCCGUCAGAAAUCAUCACUUACUGUGUACAGUUGGAAGCAUAUGCGCAUGUAAUCUGGUUUUCUCUGCCAUAUUUUCUGUUUCUUCAAAGAGCUAUUAUUCUAGACCCGAGUCUAGUUCGCUGUCAUGAAACAUAGGUAGAAAACCCUACAUUAUUCAAAUAACUAAUUUGUCUCAUCGGUCAUGUUUUUUUACGACAGAAUAAGGCAAUCAUUGUACAAAGCGAUUGCGCAUAAUCAUCGUUCGGUCGUUGCAAUUUUAAUCCCCUCUGUCCCGUGUAAACCACCAUAAAGUCUUGUUCGCAGUUGGUUGCAAUUGCUCGGCGAUUACUUCUAUGGCUGCGUUUAGUCGGCGACCCUUGCGUGAUCAAUCUGCUGCUCUACAGUCGUUUCAAAAUCAUACGCAGCCAUUGUGAUCUGUGGCUUUACGACGUCAGCAAUAUCGACAAUUAAGUGCCUUAAAUUACAUUUUGGGCAACGUAGGUGUCUUUCCGGCCAAAUCUUACAGUAUAAAUUGGUAUACCGUUAUUGGUGUAUUUUGGUGUAAAGAGCCACGACGCGAUAAAAUGACUGCUACAAGCACUGUUGCCCUUUCGGUGCAAAUCGGUCUUCGAAUUGUUGGGAUUUGGCCUAAUGCGCCGUACGCGCUGUUGUUUCGGGGUGUUUGGAUACUGACCACCAGCAUAGUGCAGACUUGUCAGUACUGGUGGAUCAUCGUUCACAUUGGCAACGACGAUUUGUCACAUCUGAUGGACGGUUUAAGUGUCACCUUGGAAUACAGCGUAAUGUUCCUGAAACUGAUUAUUUUAUGGCUGAAUAGUCGUAUAUUUUACGACACCUUAGCUGCGAUGGCUGCAGAUUGGAGGAAAGCCGCCAUCAGCGAAAUUUACACCAUGACGAGUAAAGCAAAUCUGUCGCGACGCUUUUCCAACGUGAUUAUCGGGCUUCACUCGGCAGCAGCGUUUUCCUACGGCAUCGGAGUGCUCGUAUCCCACACCGAUAAUUACGACGUCGACGGAGUCGAGACACCCGUUCGCGAGUUUACGUUGAAGCUGCAGCUCCCGUUCGAAUGCAACGAGUCGCCGCUGUACGAGCUCGUUAUGAGCCUGGAGUUUCUUCACCAAUUGGCAUCUUCCGCUAUGACCGGCGUACUGAACUCUCUGAUCAUCACGUUAAUUCUUCAUACGAGUGGCCAGAUAGAUAUCUUGUGUGAUGCAUUGAGGGAUAUUUCUCCCAAAAAGAUCGAUCAACAUCUCGCUGUCUCCAUUAUGAAGGAACUAAUCGGCAAGCAUCAAAAGAUCAUCGUCUUUUCGGACAAAAUCGAAAAGAUUUUUUGUUACAUAGCCCUAAUCCAAUUUUUGUCCAGUACUUUUGUGAUCUGCUGCUUGGGAUUCAUGAUCGUAACAUCGAUCAACAUGCAAGGCUCAGAUGCGAUCGAUAGCUCGGCAUUAAUGAAAGCUAUUGUGUUUUACAUGGCCGCUACGGUGGAGGCGUUUAUCUUCUGCUUUUGCGGAGAGUACCUCAGUGCCAAGAGCAAAAUGAUCGGUGAUGCAGCGUACAAUUCAAUUUGGUACGACUUCAAACCCAACGAGUGCAAGCUCAUUCUGUUUAUGAUAUUGAGAUCACAAAGGAGGCUCACCAUUACGGCCGGAAAGAUUAUGGACCUGUCGCUGGAAGGAUUUACGAGCAUUAUAAAGGCCUCUGUUUCGUACAUAUCAAUAUUACAUGCGAUGUAUUGAAGUUCGAAGACGAGUCAUCGAACCCGUGUUUAGAUGCCCACGUGCAGCUAAAGAUAUUAGAAAUUCUUUACUUUCUUGUCAGUAUCUAUGAUGAACCGACAAUAAUUAUGCAGAUUAAAUGUAGAUAAUACGUGAUGUACCACUUACUUUCCGCAAUUGAUAAUAAAAUGUUUAGGUUUUCAA